GGAGGGGAAGGGGAGGGCGUCGCGCGCCUCUCGCUCAGCUCUUAAAGUGGCAGCGCCCCGUGGCAGGGGCGGCUCUUGGGCGAGGCACCGGUUUGGGAGCGGGAAGGCCCCUGGCUGCCGCCACUGCUGUCGUUUCCUUCGGUCACCGCAGCCGUGGGCAGACCGGACCGGACUGUGCGGCGGUGAGCUUUACAGACAGCCCUCCUUAGCGUGUAGCUGGUUCUGGUGGGCCUGCUGCGCGUAACCCGGCGUGACGAGUCGUGGAUCUGACUGCCCGUGGUCAAGGCUUGACAGCGCAGCAUCACAGGGGAAGCCUGGCAGGGGUGAAUCACUCGCGGAGGUGGCCAUUUUUCCUACCACCAGGAAGUGAGUGAGUGUUGCUCAAGCCCAGCAGCUAUGGCAGGGGAGGAGAGGGGGACUACAACCUGACGGAGGAGCAGAAGGCUAUCAAAGCCAAAUACCCGCCGCUCAACAAGAAAUACGAAUAUUUGGAUCACACAGCAGAUGUGCAGCUACAUGCCUGGGGGGACACUUUGGAAGAAGCAUUUGAGCAGUGCGUUAUGGCCAUGUUUGGCUACAUGACUGAUACAGAGACCGUGGAACCUGUGGAUACAGUAGAGGUAGAGGCAGAAGGACAUGACAUGUUGUCUCUCCUCUUCCACUUCUUGGAUGAGUGGCUGUAUAAAUUCAGUGCUAAUGAGUUCUUUAUACCCAGAGAGGUGAAAGUGCUUUACAUUGACCGAAUGCAAUUCAAAAUAAGAUCAAUUGGGUGGGGAGAAGAGUUCUCCUUACCCAAACACCCUCAGGGCACAGAGGUCAAAGCCAUAACUUACUCAGCAAUGCAGAUCUGCGAAGAGGAAAAGCCAGAAGUCUUUGUCAUCAUUGAUAUUUAGAGCAAGAAAAGUGUGACGGAGUGGAUACUUGUCAUUGCCUGGCAAAAGUCCCUUGAAAACUAAUCCCUGUGGAAGUAACUAAGGAAUUGGCCAACUCGAGUCAUAAGUUGAAGGGAGUAAUUGGCGGGGAAUGUCAGCCUCUGUUCUGACCUGAGGAUGGUGAGACAGAAACACCUGCCUGCCAGGAAAAAAAGAACUAGUUGGGGUUUGGAGGGUGUUAAGGAGAAAGAGAGUUGUAGGAGUUGAAAGUCUCUCAGGAGUGCUGUCUUUUAAGGCUGAUACCUGUGUUAGGUGCUGUAUGAACUAAAUGGAUAAAUUAGUGGAGCUGCUAGCUAAACUACUUUUCAGUCGUUUUGUAGGGUAGCAGGAGAUAAUGUUCAUCUACCUGAUUUCUUUUGCAGAUUUAAAUACUCUAUUUCUGAGGUGACAUCCCUUCUCCAUAUUAUCUAAAGGGUCCAAAAUAACUGCAGUGGGUCAGACUGUAGAAAAAUUUCUGACUUGUUUGAAGGACACCUAAGAAAGUAUACCAAUUAAACAAACCACCAUACCUUCCAGACUACUUAAAAAAGAAAAAAAAAAGUCAUACCAGCAGGUGGUGCUGAAUUGCUGUAAAUAAACUUCUGCAGGAAAUCAUGAAGCGUGUGACCAUGUACAUGGAAUCCUAAUAGCACCUAUUAUCACUCCGAAAAGUGGGCAGCUUUGCUGCUGCUGUAGAAGGGAAGGCACCAGAUUCUCUGUGGAUUCACUCCCAAAUAUGUCUUGCGAAAGCUGAUUCUCUUAGAAAAAGCGGACUGUUCAGCUCAGCUGCCAUUUCUUCCUUUGGAAAGGGCAAUACAGACGAUCCUUUAAUGUCAAAGGAUUAUGAGCUUCAUUGAAUCAAAAUUAAUCAAAAAAAUAAUAAAAAACGUGUGUUGUUUUAAAUCACAGGACAGCAAAUGUGCGUUACCUGCCAUUGCUAUUUAAGUGUGAGAGGGGCGCAGUAAGGGACGGUCGGUGCUUUUUUUUUUAUUGUAAAUGCUGCAGGUGCCUCACCUCUGGAGGUGUAGUGUCUCAUCUUUUAUUUUGUUGUAAAAUAAUCUUCAGAAACUGAUCUGGUUUUAUUUCCACCUUGUGAAGAUUGAGGGAUAAAACCCUGUUUAUUUUUUU